AGAAGAAGAAGGAGGCGGAAAAGAGGAAAAGAGAGAUUUAAACCAUAGUAACGACUAAACAAACAUGGCGGCUUGUGUUGCUAUCAUGUGGCUUCUACUAUUUAUAUUAUUUACUGCUGUUGCCUCAAAUGAAAAUACAACUUCUUACAACUUCAACCUCACGACAGUUUUCUCCGAGAAUGAGACUUUUUAUAAUUUGACCUCGAACGUCACGGAAACCAGCACCAUUCCUGACGCUCUGGUUGGAGAGUCGGUAACUAGUGUUGCUGGUUGGGAUCCUCUGGCUGUCUCCGGGCGUCUACCAACCCCCGUCACGGAUGUUGGCAGUGUGUGUUCCUGUGAUGAACACGAGAAUUUAUGUGACAUCAACUGUUGCUGUGACAUAGAGUGUCAUAAAGACGUGGCCUUGUUCACCGCCUGCUCACUUCCGACCAUCAGUGGCAACAAGCAUUUGUGCAGCGAUGAUUCAGCAUCCUAUUCUUUACAUUACACCAAGGACGGAUACUCCCAGCUACGGUCAUCUGUCCACAAGGACACCUAUUAUCACACUUUCUGCAUUCAGUCACAGAAUCGAGUUGAUGGAUUUUCUUUUCUGGCUCCAGUUCUUCCAGUGGACACAAACUUUGACUUGCUCUUCAAACAAUUUAAACGUUUUGUUUUUAGCUCACUGGAGGAUAGCGCUCAGAUCUCCACUGCUGUGACAGACAACUUUUAUCAGUACGGAGAUGUAAUUGUGAGCGCUAAAGAAGAUGGACAAAGAGGAAUACUUUGGCUGCCAGCUUCCAGUGUUACUGUUGAUUGUGUUGACCACAGUCCUGCAGCAUUUCUAGUGGACAUGAGAAGUCACUGUUCUCGGCGAGUGGACCUGGAGAAAGACUGCAUUUCUCUACCAGCCCUUAAAGCAGACACAUAUACUAAGAUCAGUCUUUUUGCUCACAAGAAUGAGGGUGCCGAAGUUGUACCUGUGGAGACAUCUUCAGUUGUCUUGCAAUCUUUAGCUGGCACUCAAAAUGAAAUCAACCUUAAUGAAGAGGAAGACAUUAAUCCACAUCUGAUUGAUCAGAACGUAUGUGCUAAUGUUGUCCUGAAGGUUGCGUACAUGGUGACGUACAGUGCUGCAGGUCAAGUAAUGAAGGCUGCUGUGCAACUGCUCCUAGCACACCUUCAUGCAACAUCACUGUCUCUGGAGCAGGAGUUUACUCUCACAUUUCUUCAGGAGAAACAUGAGAACAUGGCCUACCAGAACAGUGGGAAUCCAGGUUAUUUGAAGGGACAGCCUCUUCUGUCUGGUCGAGCAACUUCUGAAGGAAUUGUGAGAAACCUUGGAGAUACACUGUCCAUUCCUCAGAGCUCAUCACACCACAACUGUUUGAGCAGUCCACAGCAGCGCUCUUCUGUCCUGUUUGGUGUGGAAUCAACAUCUGGCUGCACAUUAAGGCUGGAGGAUGCAACCAACUGCUCUCUUGUUUCCCAAAUCAUUCUUGAUGUUCUGCAAGGACAAAACUAUCCCCAGUUUGUUGCCGCAUUUGGAAACUCUCCAUUAGAAAAUGCACUUGACUGGGUACCCAUCCAACACACCUACCAUCUCAAGGAUUCCCAGCUUUGCAGUAUCCCCUUGUCACUUGAUUUACAGAUUGAAUGGACUAAAUAUGGACUCUUGUUAAAUCCACAAGCUCAGAUUGUAGGCGUCAAACAAGUUAUCCAAACCAACAGCAGCAGUUUGGUUCUGAUGAACAGAGGCAAGAGUGUGGUGUUAAUCAGGAGCUCAGUGAGCUUCUUUGAAGUUUCUGCUUCUGCUCUACCUGGUUACAGAGCCACGCCUACUAUCAACGCCCAGCUGCCUAUGGACUUCUUUUUUCCAUUUGUUUGAAUCAGUGAUUGUCAACUUAAGAUCCAUCCAUCCAUCCAUUUUCUACCGCUUAUUCCCUUCAGGGUUGCGGGGGGCGCUGGAGCCUAUCUCAACUACAAUCGGGCGGAAGGCGGGGUACACCCUGGAUAAGUCGCCACCUCAUCGCAGGGCCAACACAGAUAGACAGACCACAUUUACACUCACAUUCAUACACUAGGGCCACUUUAGUGUUGCCAAUUAACCUAUCCCCAGGUGCAUGUCUUUGGAGGUGGAAGGAAGCCGGAGUACCCAGAGGGAACCCACGCAGUCACGGGGAGAACAUGCAAACUCCACACAAAAAGAUCCAGAGCCCGGGAUUGAACCCAGGACUACUCAGGACCGUAAUUCAUUUCUCCUUUUUAAAAAUGGACGUUAGUACUGGGGGAAGCGUGGUAGCAUUUGUGUUGCUACGGUAACUACUUUGCAACGCUUGUAUCAACAUGCUAUACAUCCAUGUAUCCUCAACAAUGCAACCCUUACUGGAAAAUAUUUAUACUGUUUUAAGAGUUUACAAAGUGGGAAUAGUAAUAAUACCAGGAGUACAGUAUCUAGUACUGGAUACUGUAGCGUGUUCAGGUAACUAAUACAGAGCAAGUGCAUUAAGAAAUAGGAAUUUCAAAUAGUCAUGCAUGAUUAACUGAUCCAACAAAUAAUCAAGGAAUAUAUUGUUGUUGAUAAUAAUAGUAGUCAGAAGUCGAUGCCAUGUCUCUUGAGCAGGGCUUGAAGCUUCUGGUUGUCUUGUUGCUAGGACACAUGAAAGCAAACAAAAAAAGUUAGUAUGAACUUUGAUAUCAGACAUCAGUGCAGGACUAGAAAACAUGAGUAUGAACUUUGAUAACAGGCAUCAGUGCUUAACUCGAACACAUGAAUAUGAAGCUGACUUUGAGUAUUGUUGUAAAGUAGUUGUCAUAUAUUCAAAGGAAGUGAAAGGGAAAGUAAGCCAGAAGCAGCAGCAGUGCAGAAGAAGUAUGCGAGACACCAUCCAUGCCAUCCAUUCUCUACCGCUUGUCCCUCUCGGGUCAUAUGUUUCUUUAUUGGAAAACACAACAUGUGAGGAGACAAGGUUGCGUAUAAAGUAAAAAGGUUUGAAAGGAUUUGUUAACCAUCGGGAGUGAAAUUGAACCACACAAACUGAACGUUCAACUCAUUGUCUAAGUUGCUAAACUACAAGAUGGAUAAAGCUAAUGCACAAUCUGCCGCAGGAAUGCAAGUACCACACUUUGGAUAUGGAAUGCCACUGUUAUCACCGGUGAAGCAUUUGAACAUGGGAACUACAAACUGGUGUGCAAAAUAUAAAGUUUGGAGGGAGUCCUACAACAUUUCUUAGAACACCAGUGGAUCAGUAAACAGCCCAGAUGCGGUAAGAAGUGUUACUACACUGCAUAGAAACAUUGGUGCACAGAAUAUUGGCACACCUGCCAGGUGUAAAAGGCACAUUUGUGAAACUAAGACUGCUCUUGAUAAAUAAUUAACACCACAAAGAAGUGUUCUGCUAAAAAGGCAUAAGUUCAGACAAAGAAGGCAAAUGCAAGACGGAACUGUUAAUGCUUAUGUUCAUACACUGUGUGAAUUGGCUGGAUCAUGUGGCUUUGCAGCAUUAAUUCGAAAUCAGAUUGUGGAGGGAUGCAGAUGAUGGUAAACUCCUCCAAAAAGAGGGAUUAACUUUAGAGAAAAGGUUAACAAAAAGGGCAAACUUUCAAUCCUAAAAAAAUUAACUUAUUGAUCCAACAUAAAAAAAUAAAUCCCUCGGUAAUUCACAAUUCAAAUUAGACAUUAAUUUUGAAUUGUAGAAGAGAGUCGUGAAAACUUACGAGUUGAUCAGCUUGUUUUUGCAGUUCUGUGACUCUUUGUACAAGAUGGUCGUAACUUCCCUUCAGCUUGUGCAUCUGCUGGUCUGCACGAGUUUUUACCGACACGAGAAUCCCUGCAAUUCAUUACCACCAAAUGUUAGAAUGUGUUUUCAUGUCAUCAAACUUCAGACAUACUAUGUCAAUGUCUCAAAAAUGUACAAAUAAAUGAAGUUACAGUUUUGAACACACUGGCGAACAGAUAAGUAGCAUGUUUGAUGUAGAAGAGCAGUGCUAUGUCAGCAUAAUCUCCAUCUGGCAUAAGCAAACUAUAUCCUGCGGGCCAACUACAACUCGAUUUUACAUCUAAAUAAUUUUUUGGAAACUCAGAAAUCUGUAAUCAGUUUUCUAAUGUUACUUUUUAAUGUAGCAUUAUUAUCAUGCUUUGUAAAACUUUCCUGUGAUAUGUCACUGCAAAGCACACAUAUUUUCAGAAGGGUUAUUUAGUAGUCCGAUGACCCUUCUAAUGACUUCUAAUGAAAGUUGAAAUGUUUCAAGGUAAAAAAAAAAAAAAACAUCUGCUGCAAACAAAUCUGUUUUUGAAGGAAGAAACCGAAAAAUAAGAAAACAUGAUACAUUUAUUUGAACUGUUUGUAUUAUUGCUUUUUUUUGUUUAAUUGCGUUUCAUGUUUGACUGCAAACAGGAGGAGGAUACACAGCUGAUUCAAAGAGGAAAUAAAUCAUCUGAAUCCUAGUAAAUAGGGAUGUACUGACCAA